AUGACGACUCACCCUUUUAAAUACUUCUCUUUCUUUAUCACGCGUACGCGUACUGCAGAGCUCGUCUCGCCUCGAGAAACAACCUCCCAAAAAUCCUCGGGCGCAUUUUCCACGGAUUCGUACCAAAGCGAACCGCACGUGGAACGCGUCAUCGUCUGCGCGAACCAGUUACCGCUGAAAAUGACCAAACUGACUGAGAAAAAUCAUUUCGGACACACGUGGGAAAUCGAACCAGACGGGGAUUCUAUAUUCGACCAAAUGCGCGAGGGAGCUUUGGACGACGGGGACUUUAAAGUGAUGAUCAACGUCGGGAUGUUGCCGAGCAACGCGUGCGAUAUCGAAGGCGAGGAAGAGGACGCGUUGAUGAGGGAUUUGCAAAAAAGGUUCAACUGUGUUCCGGUGAUGGUGGAUUCGGAGAUACGGGAGAGGCAUUAUAAAGGGUUUUGUAAGGAGUAUUUGUGGAACAUGAUGCAUUACGUGUUGCCGAUGGGACAGAACGAGCAAAGGUUUGAAAAGCCGUUGUGGCAAGCGCACGUCGGCGCGAAUAAAAUUUUUGCGGAUACGCUGAUGGAAGUAGUCUGCUCCGAGGACGACCACGUGUGGAUUCAAGAUUAUCACUUGAUGAUUUUACCGACGUUUUUACGGAAAAGGUUUAAUUCUAUUCGGUGCAUGUUUUUCUUACACACGCCGUUUCCGUCUUCGGAGAUUUUCAAGACGUUGCCGAAUAGAGAGUUGAUUUUAAGAGGAUUGUUAAACGCAGACGUGGUUGGGUUUCACACGUUCGAUUACGCGAGGCACUUUUUGAGUUGCUGCACGAGGUUGUUAGGUUUAACGUAUACCACGAAUCGUGGGUCGUUAUGUAUUGAUUAUUACGGAAGGCAAGUGUCGGUGAAAAUCUGCCCGACGGGCGUGAAAACCAAUCGAUUGAGAGAGGCGUUAACGACUCCAGGGGCGGUGAAUAUACGGAACGAUAUGUUAAGAGCGCACCGAGGGAAACGCAUACUCUUGGCCAUCGAUGAUUUCGACGUCUUUAAAGGCAUCGAAUUGAAAUUAAAAGCCUACCAGACGUUGUUGAGGGAACAUCCGCAGUUGGUUGAAUCGAUCGUAUUGUUACAGAUUUGUAACCCAGCGCGAGCGAAAAACGAAGACGUGGAUAACUUGCGAGGGGAAGUGCACAGGUUAGUAAAGGAGAUUAACAGUGCGGCGGGUACCGAGGUGGUCAUUUUUCGUGAACAGGCUAUUCCUUUACACGAAAGAGCGGCUUUGUACUCCGUCGCCGACGUGGCCGUGGUCACCGUCACCAGAGACGGCAUGAACCUCGCGCCGUACGAAUACGUCACGUGUAGACAAGGCCCAAGAGACGAAGAGAAAGCAACCAGAGACGGGUACGCGUUACCAAGACAGUCAAGUUUAAUCGUUUCUGAGUUUACUGGCGUGUCUCCGUCCUUAUCCGGGGCGUUUCGCGUGAACCCGUGGGACGUGGACGACGUCGCAGAUGUCGUCUACAAGGCGUUAUCCUUGAGCUCUAAAGAAAGCGAGAUGAGACACGAGAAACACUGGAAAUACGUUGGCGAACACAACGUCGGGUUUUGGGCGAAAAGUUGUUUGAGUGAGUUACAAAGAACGUGCGCGCGAGCGUCGUCUUCGAGAAGCUACGGUUUAGGUUUCGGUUUGAAUUUUAGAGUCGUGCAACUCGAUUCGAGCUUUCGCAAGUUGGAUACGAACAGGUGCGUCGGCGCCUAUCAGAAAGCGAGGAAACGAAAACUAUUCAUCGAUUACGACGGGACGCUCGUGCAGCUAGCUUCCUUCAACCAGCCACCGACGUCGCAUUUGACGAGUUUAUUGACCUCUAUAGCCGCCGAUAAGGCGAACACUUUAUGCAUUGUUAGCGGACGCGAAAAAGCCACCCUGGACGAAUGGUUCGGUAAAGUGCCGAAUAUUUCUUUAGUCGCCGAACACGGAUACUGGUAUCGAGGAGACGAUACGAACAACGAAUGGAUUGAAUUAGCACCUCCCGGUACGGCUGAUCACGUUGCCGAGUGGAAAGAUACCGUGUUACCGAUUUUAGAGCAGUACAUGGAAGCUACGGACGGCUCGUUCAUUCAAGCCAAGGGAAGUUCGUUCGUGUGGCACUAUCGCGACGCGGAUGCAGAUUUCGGUAAUUGGCAAGCGAAAGAGUUAGUCGACCACUUAGAAGGUGCUUUAGAGCACGAUCCGGUGGAUGUUCGAAGAGGAAACAACGUCGUCGAAAUCACCGCUCAAGACGUCAACAAACGCUUAGCGGUUGAUCGAGUUUUAUCGAGAGAACAAAGCAACACCGACGCGGUGGAUUUCAUUUUAUCCAUCGGCGACGACCGUUCGGACGAGGAAAUGUUUAUCGCGAUUGAAAAUAGAAAAGAAAUGGACGCAUCCUAUGCCGGAUGCGCUACAUUUUGCUCUACCGUCGGUCAAAAACCGUCCAAAGCGCCGUAUUACGUCGACGAUGUCGAGGAUGUCAUCAUGCUUUUGCAAGCGCUUGCGCAAUUCGAUGUUUGCCACAUUCGAUGA